UGUUGUGUGAGGCUAUCUGAGGGACAUCAUUCUUUGGUUGUUCCUGAUGCAGGUUAGGUUUCUGACAAAAAUAUACCACCCCAACAUUGACAAGCUUGGUAGAAUACGCCUCAACAUCGUGAAGGACAAGUGGAGUCCAGCUCCUGAACCUAAACCGUACGUCUGCAACAUUCAGGCACUGCUGAGCGCUCCAAACCCAGAUGACCCUCUCUCAGAGAAUGUCGCAAAACACUCGAAAUCCAAUGAAGCUGAAGCUGUCGAGACAUCGAAGGAAUGGACUUGUAUGUACGCCAGUGGUGCAUGACAAGCUAACGCUGUUAUGGAUGUAAUAACAUUGUCUCAUAGUUGGGCCUAAUCGAAACCAUUUGCUUGAUAAAAACAAACUUGGAAUGAUUUGCGAUGGACGAAUGUGUCCAGAGUGACAUCAUUUCUAGUUGGUGGUUGUAUUUGUGGUGCGUGUUCCAGCAUGCUUCAUAACUUGCUACUUAUAGAACGCACUCUGUUGCUGGUUCAUCCUAAAUUGUUUCUCCAAUUAAAAAUAUCCGCUGUGAUCCGGUUAUGUAAGUUCUCCAAAUGAUAAUAGCUGGUUCUCUGUUUGUGUUUC